UGGGCUUUCCGUUGGUUACCCACGUCCAUAUUUAUAUGGGCUCUAAUUGGUAAAGCCCGUUUUCCGUGUGGGUUUUAAAUGGACAGAAAUGGAAAACCACUUGUUUAGUGGGUAAUUAUGGGUUUGGUCAUUUUGGUCGUGGGCCGUCCAAUAUUUUAGAAUUGCUAGGGUUUCAAUUUGGGGAAAAAAAAAAUCAUUUCCCCGAUCUCUCUCUUUUGGCUCUCGAGCUCUCUCCUUCGGCGACUCGAGUCCACGUGGGUUUUCUCUCCGUCCGUCUCCGUCUCGUCUCCGUCCGUCUCGUCUCCGUCCGUCUCUCUCCGUUCGUCUCUCUCCGUCCGUCUCUCUCCGUCUGUCUCUCUCCGUCCGUCUCUCUCCGUUUAGACUCCACCUAAAACCCAAGACAGACACAGUUUUUUUGAUAAACAUUCCAUCUUCUUCGACUGCCUCAUUGACCUCAGGAUGGAAAAUGAAGAGGAUGUUCGUUAAAGUCUGAAUGUUGCAGGGGUUUUAUGCUUUCAUUUCGCAGAAUGUUGGUAGCAGUGGAAAAUCAGCUUUGGAUAAGUAUCUAGAGGAACCGAUUCUCGACAUGGCUUCCUUCGAGAAGAUGGAUGUUCUCUCCUAUUGGAAAGAGAAUGCCAACAGGUUUAAGGAGCUCUCAGCAAUGGCGUGUGAUGUUCUGAGCAUUCCUAUAACCACAGUGGCUUCAGAAUCUUCAUUCAGCAUUGGAAGUCGAGUUCUGAACAAGUAUAGAAGCUCUCUUCUCCCUUCCAACAUUAGAGCACUGAUUUGUGCAAGGAACUGGCUAAGAGGAUUUGAGUCUUUAGACAGUGAUGAAGUGGAUUUUAAACCCUUGGAGGAAGUUGGAGAAGCAAUUAAUGAAACAGGUCAAGUCUGAGUUUAUGUGGGUUAUGGACUUGGAGGAAGAUGAACUUAUGGAGCUUAGAGUUAUGAACUUAUGGAGUUAUAGUUUUUAAUUUGUAUGGAGUUAUGCUAUGUAUGAACUUAUGGUUUGUAUAAUUGCACUUAUGGAGUUAUGCUAUGUAUGAACUUAUGGAGUUAUGGUUUGUAUGCACUUAUGAACUUAUGGAGUAGACUAUUUCAAUCUUAUAAAGUUGUACUUGUAUUUAUAGGUUUAUAGAUUGAAAUUCAAAAUUUUCUUAAAUGGUCUUUAUUGGACUCAUGGCAGCCCAUGUAAAUAUGGGUUUUUGUGGGUCUGGUCCUUAAUGGACAUGGUCCUUAAUGGACAUGGUCACUUUCUGUCCACAAACUAUAAAUUGGUAAACGGAUAUGGGCUAAUGGACAUGGGCUCGCCCAUCUGACAGCUCUAAGGUUAUGCUCUGUCAUGGUAUGGAGAUGAGAUUUCACGAUAUGGGUUUAGAAGCUGGGAUGAUCUGAAAGUCAUAGUACUUAAUCUGUUCAGUACAUCCGUAAGGCAAGAGAAGGAGCAACUGGAACACCCCAGCUUGAUUGACAGUUUGAAAGAGAUAAGUCACCUUCUGAAUCGUUUUAAACAAAGAUGGAAAGAAAAAGAGAAUGCAAAGAAAUCUCAGGUGGAGAAGACGUUUGAAUCAGAUGAAGGAAAACAGGCCGAGAGCGAUGGAGGAGAUGAUCUAAUUCUCAGUAGACAUCAUCUGCGAGGCACAAGUUUCCAUUUUUCAACAGACGGAGGGUUUAAAUUUGAGCAAGCGUCAUGGCAAAUUGUAAUAAUUAUGGUGGCGAAGAGCUUGAAGUUAAAUUCAUCGGAGUCUGACACGGAUGAAGAGAUGACGACGAUGAAUGAAGAUGAUAAGCGUAAAGUUGACACAAGCACUCGUAAUAUUCAAGCUAAAGGUUCGGGUCAUACUGAUUUUAGGAGCGUAGUUGAAAGAAUCAGUAGUGUAAGCAAGAAAGCUGUGAGUAAUAAUAGUGAAUUAUGUGAGUUGCUUGAAGUGAGUAAAGUCAUUCAUCACCAACCAUUAGGAUCCCAAGUCAAAGAACUUGCAUCAAGAGUACUCGGUAGUUCCAAGAAUUUGACUCCUUGUAUGUUGCUAUUAAGGCGUGGCUUACCCCAAGUUAACUACGAUAUUUCUCUGUUCUUAAUGACUAUAAAGAAGCUUUGCUUGGGGGAAAAGAAACUUCAUGGAGAAGUUACAGCCAGAGAAAGGCUUAGGAUUCUGUAUGAGAAAGGGUACAGUUGUUUAAAGAAUAUAGAUAAAAACGGAGCAGAAUCAAGGAAAAUUUACGAGGAAAAAGCUGAGGUAAAGCUUCAGUUAUCCAAGGCAAGUAAGUCUUGUGUUCACAUGGUUGAGAAAGGAUCACUGAAAGUGGCACAGAAGGUUGAAGAACAGAUCAGAAUAUUCAGAGUACCUUUGAGAGGCUACAUUGACACACACGGAAGUUCUGUUAGGGCGUUAAAAGAGUGGCUAAACAAAAACACCAUGGAAGAGGAUGAUCAAACCGAGACCGAGGCUCCUGAGAUAUUUAAGGUAUGUAGCGAGUGGCUAAGAGAGACUGAGAAUGUGGAUGAUGGUAUUAAAGUAUUGAAUGCUGCUGAAGAGAUGGAAUUGAGAUUUAGAGGCUUAUGGUUUAAGCAAAUAGAGAAAGAAAAACGAAGGUUGAGAGUAGGGAAGUUGUGUAAAGAGCUGGAGAAACAGAAAGCAGAAAAAUUACAUGUGUUUGCUCUAUGUGAAAAUAACAUAACAUCCGCGAUUUUAGAAUCUCACGAGUUGGAUAUCAAUACUCUUGCAAAUUUAUUGUCGUCAGAGGUUCUGUUGAAGGGAGAACACGCAGCUCCUGCUGGUUCUGCAGUAGAGAGAGUGAAAGAGAACCUCAAGGUAUAUCUCAAAGUGAACAGGGACAUUAACACAGAAGCUGAACAAGAAAAGAUCAGAAACAAGAUUGCCGAACUGCCAAAACAAAAGGAGAAGCUACAGAAGAUGAUGAGUGCAUCUGGGUACGAAGAGAAGGUCCAUGCGAACAUAAAAGAAGAUAACGUCAUGAAGCUCACUAAGAUUCUCCAAGAAUUCGAUUUCUUUGAGAAGGGAAGUAAGGAGAAAAUACAAACUGAGAAUUCAGAGACUGACGUGAAGAAGUCUACCAAAGAUCCAAAAGAGAAAAGGAAGAAGAAAAAGGAUAGUAAGAGUGAUGAGGUAAUCUUCGAAACUUCUUUGAUUAAGCAUGAGAGCCUACAAAAGAAGCUGAAGCAGGCAAACGUGGAGUUAGCUGCAAAGGCCAGAGAGUUAAAGCAUAAACUUAGGGAAAGAGACAAGGAGCUUGCUGCUGUACAGUCGUCCUCUUAUCUUGGAGAGCGAGAGCUAGAUCAAAUAAGUGUUGAGAUUUCAAUAUCACAAAAGAAGGUUUCUGUGGCGGUUUCUGGAUUUGGAAACAAGUCACAGUUCUUGAGCCAAGCCAAUGAGAUUGUCAAGAGACAAGAAUAUGAGAUACAUUCACUUCAGAGAGCACUCAAGGAGAAGGAAGACGUUUUUGAGAUGUCUAUAGCGGCGAAGAGACUUGAGCGUAUACAGUCACUUGUUCAGCGAGAAAAACUAGAGAGGCAAAGACAUAUGUUUCAAUCUGAAAGUGAAGGUAUCCGACAUGAGAUUGAAGAACUUGAGAAGUUAGAGAAUCUGAAAGUUGGAUUAUAUGAUACACCUAUGGCCAAAAUGAAGCUCUCCAAGAUAGAGCGUAGCUGGGAAAAGGUUUCUGUUUUGAAACAGAAGGUUAUUUCUCGAGAUGAUGAACUGGAAUUACAAAAUGAAGUCAGCAUUGUGAUAGUGGUAUUACUGUUUGCUUGGGCAGGCCAAUCACGUGAUAGUGUUUAUACUGUUUUAUGUGUUGACAAGGAUGAGAUCUUACGAGUUGGGUUUCCUGGAGUAUCUCGAGGCUUGAAAGCUGAUCCUUCUAAACUGGAACGUGUGGAGGAGCUUAAAAUUGGAGACUGGGUCAGAGUGAAGGUGCCAGAUUCUUCUAUAUCGUAUGGAUGGAGCAAGCCGUUUUCUUGUUCAGUGAUAGAUAUUGAAAAAGUUGUACCGUUUCAUGACGGGCAAGAGAUUGUGGAAUGUCUGAGUGCACAUGUUACUGAUAGAGAGACAUUUUGGAAGGUCUCACCUGGAGAUGCAGAAAUGCUAUCAGUGCGUGAAACCAGUGACUGGGUGUGCUCAUAUCGGAGCCGAGGAAGCAGGCCAAGCGAUGAUUGGUUUAGUGUAGGAAAGGAUAAUAUUCCCAUGGAGUUCAUAUGUUCACAUUCUCUUACAAAAGUUGUGGACUCUGUUUCUGUUUUGAGCUGUGAGGUUAUAAAGGAUGACAUCACUUCGUUUAGCUUGUUAGAUUCCACAGAUGGAUUUCGUAAUAAAGAUGCUAUCAGUGUUGCUAGUGAUUUCGAGUUUUUACUGAAUGGGUCUAAAGCUGUGGGAAAGUUUAAUAUUGAAGCGGUUUCAAGAUUUUCAAGGAUUCAUGGGACGUUCAGAGAUGUGGUGAGGAGUGUGCAUUCAGAUGAUGAAGAACAUGGUAAGAAGAAGAGAAAGAGAAAGCCGUGGUAUUUACAAAAGCAAGAAACAAUGGUGUUGUAUUCUUGUGAGGGAGAGUUCAUGGUAUCAACUAAAGCUUGUGGAAAAUUUAAGUUCAAGGAGAUGAGAAAUCUUAUUGGAGUUCAAGAUUUGUCAAAGAGUGAUUUCAAGCUUAAGAGGGAGAAUGUUGGAUUAAGCUUGAAGAAAAAAGGAAACUUGAGAAAUAACUUGGGAUGCAAGUUAUCUAAUUCUAUUGAAUUAUGGAAUGGAAAAUUAUCUAUUUGUGUGAUUCCUAAUGAGUUUAGGAAAUAUUGAGUUAUAUAUAAGGAGAUGCAUAUGAUGUUGCAUAACUUAUGAGUUUUGAGAUUGUGAGAUUGAGAGCUUGAGGUUUUGAGUAGUUUCCUCAAGAGAUUAAUAAGA